GAAGUUGUUUCGACUGGCUCCACCGAGAUGUGUUUUUCUUGUUUGCGGUCUAUAAAUUGCACGGGAAGGAGCGCUUCUGUUGUUUUGACAGCCGCUAUCGAAUGUCACGUGAACUUAUAUGCGUCAGUUUCUAGCUAGCUCUUGGUUACUAGUCACGUACGGUGUCGCAUCAUAAAGUCAAAAGAACAUGAAAGUCCGUUCGUCUGCAUUUGCAUCAUUCAUCUUAAUGUUUGAGGUUUUGGGGGUUGCCCUCUUCCUGAGGGGCUUUUUCCCUGCACCCGUCAAGUCUUUGUCGUCCAAGGGAAGCCUCGAAGACCUGCCCGCGGAGCCGCUUUCAGGGGGCUCGCCCAACGCGUCUUACAUCCCGCGGCCCUUGUUCGGAAGGCUGGUAAUCAUGUUAAUCGAUGCCAUGCGGGAGGACUAUGUGUUCGGGGCCAACGGUCGCGUGCACAUGCCCUACACGAGACACCUGGUGGAAAGAGGCUCAGCGCUUAGCUUCGUGGCUAAAGCUAGAAGUCCAACUGUCACCAUGCCCAGGAUCAAGGCUCUUACCACUGGCAGCAUCCCGGGCUUCAUUGAUGUGCUGAUGAAUCUUAAUUCCCCAGCCUUAUUGGAAGACAAUCUUAUUUGGCAGGCCAAAACAGCGGGGAAAAAAAUGAUCUUUUAUGGAGAUGAAACGUGGGUGAGACUCUUCCCCAAGCACUUCAUGGAGUAUGAUGGCACACUUUCCUUUGUGUCUGACUACACUGAGGCUGACAACAAUGUGACCCGCCACUUGGAUAGCACGCUCAAGAGAGAUGACUGGGACAUUCUGAUCCUCCACUACCUUGGCCUUGACCAUAUUGGUCAUAUCAGUGGACCCCGCAGUUCUCUGAUUCAGCCCAAACUGUUGGAGAUGGAUGAUAUUCUGAAGAAAAUCCAUGGUUUCCUCAUUUCAAAGGAGGCCGAAGGAUCUUUGCCCUAUCUGCUCGUUCUGUGUGCGGAUCAUGGGAUGUCAGAGACAGGUAGCCACGGAGGUUCCUCAGAACCAGAAGUCAAUACACCGCUGGUGCUCAUAAGCCCUGCCUUCAAAAGGAAAGUGGGGAUGGAGAAGCCUGAUGAAGUUGAGCAGGUUGACCUGACUCCAACACUGGCCCUGUCUCUGGGCCUGCCCAUAUCUCAAAACAGUGUGGGCCGUGUCAUUCAGAGUGUAUUUGAAGAAACCUCACUUCGAGACCAGCUGCGCUUUCUGCAUCUCAAUGGCCACCAGCUAAACUCCCUGCUCAAAGACAGCAUUCCGGACUAUGAGAAAGAGGCAGGAUUUGAGCAAUACCGUGUGGCAGAGAAGGCACAUGGAAGCUGGAUGAAGCGCUACCUGGAGGGGAACAUGUCAGAGGUCUUGACCAACAUGGGCAAGAAGGUCCUGAAGCAGUACUUUGAGGCCCUGUCCACCAUGAGCUCAGCCCUCAGCAAACAGCUGGGCAAGUACGACGUUUACUCCAUGAUUGCUGGAAUGGUCUUUGUAUUUCAGCUGCUGUUGGUCUUAUUGUUGGCCAUGCCUGAAGCCCUGAGCGGGUCAGCAUCCGUGGACCUCCCAGUCAUCUCGGCCCUGCUCUCGUUGCCUUUUUACCUCUUGUGCCUGCUGCUUGCGUCUGUGCAUGUGCUGGUGUGCACAUCUACUGAGAGCUCCUGCUACUUCUGCAGCCUUUCCUGGGGUCUUGUGUUUGCUGCUAUCGCCUUCUCUUCAGCCAUGUCUUGUUUGAUGCUCUAUAUGAUGACAAGACGACUUCCCUUGGGACUAAAGUUAUAUGGGAAGUCACCAUUGAAAAGCAGUAGCAGCGAAUGGUCACUGUCAGAGUUGGAUGUUCUGCUGCUGGUGGGCACAGCUGGUCACACCCUCAGUUUGGCAUCCAGCAGCUUCAUCGAGGAGGAGCAUCAAACCUGGUACUUCCUGCUCAACACCCUCUGCCUCGUAGUCUUCCAGGAUGUGUGUUGCAAGUACUUCAGAGAGAAGAGCGGCCCCGGAGGUGAAGAAGAGCAUGUCCUUCCUUAUAAAGACUACCAUAAGGAAGAGAUGUACCCUGAGAAGUGGUUAGCUUUAGCCACACCCCCCUUUGUUCUGCUCUGCUGUCGACUGCUGCGCUACCUCAACCAGACAGGCAUGCAGUGGGCUCAUCUCCCUGAUCUGGGCCAUUGGCUUAACAGCUCUGAGCACAAAGUGGUCCUGUCUCUGCUGUCCGCUUUCUCGUUGGUUCUCAUCUACUUCCUGAUUCAAAGACGGUGCUCGUUGGUGUCCAAGAUUGCCCUCGCACUUGGACUUCUGGGGGUUUACAGCUACCGGGCAGCUGUCGGCAAUGUCUUGUUUCCCUGGCAACACUCUGGUCGGAGUAUGUCCAAGGGCACCGUUGAAGCACGCUUCGUAUACGUGUUUGUUUUGGGUAUCCUCUUCACGGGUACAAAGGACCUGUUGCGAUCCCAAAUCAUCACACCUGAUGCCAAAUUGAAGAACAGGGGGCUGUGGGAGAUUUACAGUGGCCUGGUCUUGCUGGUUUCGCUGUUGUUUCGUGCCCACAACCUGCCAGUGUUGUGCUGUUGUCUGCUCAUCCAAACACUUAUGGCUCAAUUCAUUUGGAAGAAGCUUCAUUAUGAUGCAGCCCAAACCACCAUCAUGCACUACUGGUUUGGUCAGGCCUUCUUUUACUUUCAGGGUAAUUCCAACAACAUUUCAACUGUCGACAUCUCAGUCUGGUUUGUUGGUUUUGACAACUUCGUUGAAGCUCCCGCCAUCUUCUUAACAGCCGUCAGUACAUAUGCUGGGCCGCUGCUUUGGGCUUGCCACCUUGUCUGUUACCUCAGCUCAGAGAGAAACAGGAGUCCUGUUGCAGUCGGCCACGGGUGUUACUGUUUGGCUGUGCUCAGGUCGGUGCCGGUCGCGGCCUACAUUGUUCUGGUGACUGUCCUGCGCUACCAUCUCUUCAUAUGGAGCGUCUUCUCUCCCAAAUUACUCUACGAGGCCAUGCACCUACUGCUCACGGCCGGCGUCUGCCUCAUCUUCAACACUGUGGAGCAAAGCCACACCUCUGCCUCAUCUUAGGGCAUGUUCAUGGCAAAUCUCAGGGACUCCCAAGAAGAAGGCUGCUCAACUGUACUGGACAGUAAUUGAUGUUUGGCUCCUUCAAACCCGAAGGAAACUCAACGGAAGUUGGCCGAGAGCUCAACAAGUUACUUUAAAUCCAGCUUUAUAUUUGAGAGGAAGUAGAAGAAAGUACAGUACUUAUAUUAUUUUAAAGUUGUUGUACAGCAUAGUGGCUCCUUUUUUUCACCCACUAUUAUCAUCAUCAUUAUGAUUAACGAUCAUCAUGAAUUGCAUUUGUGAUCCUAUUGCACAGUUUUUGAGGAAGUGCACCAUUUGAAAGGAUUCUGGCACGGAGCAAAAUCUAAAAUGUUCAAAUCAACAAUUCAUUUAUCAUGUUUGAUUUGCCUGUCUGUAGAAAGGCUAUGAAUCAUGUUGGACAGUGGAACAUAUUAUGAAGAUGGUGGUGGUGGUGGUUUUUUUAAAUCCCUUAAUACAACAUGUUUCAGUUGUUUGUUGUAUGCAUAUCUUUUCUUCAGAGGGCUUAACUAUAAAAACAUGCAUGAACCAGUCACAACAUAUUCACUACUUGCACCAUCUAAUGAAAGAUUAGAAUUAUAAUGCUCAGCUUUGAAACAGUCAGAGAGGACUUUAUUCAACGUGUGGUGUAGAAUAGCACUGCAUCAUAUUAAGAGCUUUUUAUAUAUAUAUAUAUAUAUAUAUAUAUAUGUUUUGAUUUUGUCAUGUAGCUAAAUGAGGUUACCAAAAUAUUAGAAACUGCUUUUAGUGUGAUGCUGUACAAUUCUACAUAUCGUCAGCCGAAUAGCAUAAUUGCCCAAGUCAUUUUUAACUUCCUUUCACGAUGUCAAUAAAUAAUACUAUGUUGUUGUUUACUAAUAAUUGUUUUUUUCUUUGUCAGUUUAAAUUCUCAGUCAUCCAGGGCAGGGCAUGGUAAUCUGCAACCAGACUUGUUGCUUGUUGAAUUUGUAUUUAUUUAUUUAUUUUGGUUUCCCGAAAGUGUUCUAAAAUGACUGGGGCAAUUAUGCUAUUAGGCUAAUGAUAUAUCAAUUGUCAAGAAUGUCACUCAUUAAUUGGGCACCGUUUUGGUGAGAGCAUCACCAGGGGCUUCCGUUAAUUCAACCUGUCAAUGCUGACCAUAAAAAGUAUGACUUAAUCGUUUCGUUUGUUGUGAUGGGGAAGAGCAGUUCUUAUAAGUUGUCAAACGUUUUUGAUAUUUGCAAACUAGUGAUGGGCGCGACAUUUCUUUGUACUGAAUCGGUUUGAUCAAAAGAUUCAUUCGCCGAAUCAUUCAGCUCCUUUUUCACAGAAUCAUUUAAGUGUGUCCUCAUUCAGUUGAAUCAUCCCUGAAGUUCACAUUGGUCCCACCAUGGUGGACAGCGUCGUCGACACCAGCACCCGGGCUUCCUGCUCACUCACCUUACCGUUUUUGUCAUCAGAUUAGUGUAAAGCGUCUUUGAGUGUCUUGAGAAGCGCUAUGUGUUUAAUGUAUUAUUAUUAUUAUUAUUAAACAAAAAGCUUUUAAUAAUCGCAUUAGACACACAACCUGAAUUAAUUAGCUCUGUGUUGGUUUUGUAGUGUAUACAAUUUUAGGUGCAUACGCAUGAUUGAAUUAAUUGAAAAAGAUUUAUUCAUUUAAAAUGUUUUUUUAAAUUCUUAUUGAUUGUAGUUUUCUGCAGUGGAGAACUUCACUGUUCCAUAUGCAAGUAAUAACCUUUGUUUUGUUUUUACUGAGACUUUCUAAGAGUAUACAACUGUUGUAUUAGACAAAUAGUCCUAAUGUUGUGGUUUGUUGGUGGAUUUUGUCGUAAUUAUUCAACCUAUUUUGUUGGCGUGUACAGUGGGUACGGAAAGUUAUCAGACCCCCUUAAAUUUUUCACUCUUUGUUGUUAAAAUCAUUUCAUUUGUUUUCAUCAUUGAGAUGGUUCUACACCUUCAUUGGAGUCCAGCUGUGUUUGAUUAUACUGAUUGGCUCCUUCAAACCCAAAGGAAAGUCAACGGAAGUUGAAGGAGCUUGAUUAGGGAAGCCACACCCCUGUCUAUAUAGGACCUUACAGCUCACAGUGCAUGUCAGAGCAAAUGAGAAUCAUGAGGUCAAAGGAACUGCCUGAAGAGCUCAGAGAGAGAAUUGUGGCAAGGCACUGAUCUGACCAAUGCAAAAAUAUAACUUAAGGUUCCUAAGAACACGGUGGCCUCCAGAAUCCUUAAAUGGAAGAUGUUUGGGACGAUCAAAACCCUUCCUUGAGCUGGCCGUCCGGCCAAACUGAGCAAACGGGGGAGAAGAGCCUUGGUUAGAGAGGUAAAGAAGAACCAAAAGAUCACUGUGGCUGAGCUCCAGAGAUGCAGACGGGAGAUGGGAGAACGUUCUAGAAAGUCAACCAUCACUGCAGCCCUCCACCAGUCGGAGCUUUAUGGCAGAGUGGCCCGACGGAAGCCUCUCGUCAGUGCAAGACACAUGAAAGCCUGCAUGGAGUUUGCUAAAAAACACGUGAAGGACUCCAAGAUGGUGAGGAAUAUGAUUCUCUGGUCUGAUGAGACCAAGAUAGAACUUUUUGGCCUUAAUUCUAAGCGGCAUGUGUGGAGAGAACCAGGCCCUGCUCAUCACCUGUCCAAUAAAGACCCAACAGUGAAGGAUGGUGGUGGCAGCAUCAUGCUAUGGGGGUGAUUUUCAGCUGCAGGGACAGGACGACUGCAAUCGAAGGUAAGAUGAAUGCGGCCAAGUACAGAGAUAUCCUGGACGAAAACCUUCUCCAGAGUGCUCAAAACCUCAGACUGGGCCGAAGGUUAAUGACCCAAAGCACACAGCUAAAAUACCGAAGGAGUGGCUUCAGAACAACUCCGUGACUCUUCGUGAAAUGCCCAGCCAGAGCCCUGACUUAAACCCAAUUGAGCAUCUCUGGAGAGACCUGAAAUUGGCUGUCCACCAACGUUCAUCAUCCAACCUGACAGAACUGGAGAGUAUUCAGAAAUCCAGCUGUGAAAAACUUGUUGCAUCAUUCCCAAAAAGACUCGUGGCUGUAUUAGCUCAAAAGGGUGCUUCUACUAAAUACUGAGCAAAGGGUCUGAAUACUUACGGCUGUGUGAUAUUUCAGUUUUUCUUUUUUCAUAAAUCUGCAAAAAUUUUAACAAUUCUGUUUUUUUCUGUUAAUAUGGAGUGCUGUGUGUACAUUAAUAAGGGAAAAAAUGAACUUAAAUGAUUUUAGCAAAUGGCUGCAAUAUAACAGAGUGAACAUUUUAAGGGGUCUGAAUACUUUCCGUACACACCGUAUGUAAGCUCUGGUGAUCCUCCUUAACCUCCUUAAUGUGAAUGACUUCUGUAUUUUGUCAUGUCUGUGACGUUCCGAAGCAAAUGUCGAAUUAACAGUGCCAGGUGGGUUUUCAUGGAAAUAUUUUCCUACCAAUUGAUGCAUUAUGUUCUUCAAUAAUAGAAUAAAUGACUUUCCAUAAAGUAAGGUUGUGUGACUGUUGCUGGCAAAUUUCAAGACUUCGCUUUUAAAAAAACAUUCUAAUGCAUGUUUCUCGUUGGUGAUUAGUGUCGCCCAGUGAAUUAUCUUGGUUGGAGGCCGUCUGCUGUCUUCCCCACAGGAUAGAUGACACAUAGUGUUUAGCUCACAGUUUCUUCCCGACUAGUCAACUUCCUGGCCACUUCAGGGUACACACAUGCCGAAUUGUCUCUCUUCUCUCUCAGAAACGACGCACCAUGUAAUCCAUUGUAAUGUGACUGAGUAUUACAAUGUUAACAUGCGGAGUCCCACAGGGAUGGGUACUCAGCCCUCUUGGGGAUAUCAUACACAAAUAUAAAAUAAACUAACCCAUGCGAUUGCUGUAAUCUGAAGUUGUGUCUCAAUUGAGAUUAAACAAUGGAUGACAUGUAAUUUAUUUAUUUUUUAAUUUUAUUUUUAAACUGUCCUGUUCCGCUGCAUAGCCUUUCAGAUUGGUGGAUCUGUAUCUGUUUUGUGCUGGAACAGUUUUUUCUGUGCAACAGGGGAGUCUGAAAUACUCCCUCUGAUUAUUUUUUUAAAAUGUUUUAAUAAUUCUGUUUUUUGAAAAUUCAGCCGGGCAGAAAAGGGUUUUAGGGAACAAACGGGGACAGAACAGUCUGUCAGUCUUGUCUGACAAGAUUUUGCCAUUGGUUGAUGUUGGUGGCUUGUUUAUCCUACCAGUUAAAAUAAUGUUUUUUUCGCGUUUGCUAAAAUUAGGGUUAAGAGCCGGCACACCCACAAUGGGAGCCAAGCCAGCGAGCCCAUCCUGCGGGGGACGCCACCCACUCCCCAGGACCCGGGGCAGUCCCCCAGUCCAACCGAAGCGCCCCAACAAGUCCCAAAUAGAGGAGCAAGGAUACCUGAACACGCUCAAUUGAUUUUGAAUAGCCUUUGUUAUGCAUACUAUAUUGCGUAACGUGUGAUCUAUGGACUACUUUGAACUGGAUGAACUGUAAAUUACUGUUUUUAUGUCAUGAGUGCAUUUCUGAUUGGCGCCCAGUAUUAAACAUUUCCAGCACCACGGCAGACUACGAAGCAAUGCGUCCGAAGACACGGAUUGAUCGUACUUUUGCGCCCCUGCUAGUUCUUGUCCAUGUAUGACGCAGAACGGCCAUCAAACGAGACCCCUGAUGGGAGUAUUGUUGAUUUUGACCAAUUGAUAGCAUAUUCUGCUAAUUGAGAAAAUGAGGUUAAAAACUGAAGUGAUGACUUGGGUUCUGUUAAGGACGUAAUAAAAUGUUCAAUAGAUCAUGGAACCUUCAAGCGUCUAGGCGCGUUUGUUUUCUUUGUCCAAAAAGAGGGGAAAAAAUAAGACCCCAUAAGAAUGCUGAGUCUCAGGGUUCAUUCAAUCAACUGUACACCAGAGUGCAGGUUCACUGAAUGACGCACCUCGUUUAUUUGAGCUAAGUCCUGUUCAGUUAAGCCUUCAAUGGCAUCACUGGUUAAGUGUACUGCUCUUUGCGAAUGCUAAUAAACAAAGUUGAUCCUG